CAACCUUGGAACUCCCUCCCACUCGACUCUCUUUCCCCAAAUUCUCCGUCUGCACCUUGCCGGAGCUUUUCGACAUCAUCCCUAUCGACACCGAAGAAUGAUAUCGCCCUGACACUCCCACGUCCCGCACAUCUUCGCAACGCCCGGAAGUGGGGCUCACCUUUGCUCGAGCUCGAGCAUUCCACACCACACCACAUUCCAUCCCAACUCCCACCACCCUUCCGAAAGAUGCGGCUACAUCUCGCUCCCGCACCCCUUCUUCACCUCAUCGCCACCAUCCUCCUCUCACCAACCCCCACCACCGCAAACCCUCAUCCGCCUCCCCGCGCCCUCGGCGGCUUCGACUACAACGAGCUGUUUGCAAGAUGGGAAUGCAACGGCGUCAAAUGCGGGUACUCCUCCCAGCUAUGCUGCAACGCCGGCAGCGGCUGCUACACCAACUACUUGACGCAGGCGGAAUGCACGCCGCUCGCCAGUCAGAAGGCGAGCGGGGGCUACUGGACGACGUACAUGGCGACGACGGUGACGGAUGAAGAGACCGUUACUACGACUGUUACGCGGUACAUCCAGGAGACGAGCACGGCUCGCUGUAAUUAUGCUCUAGGCGAGAGUUCGUGCGGGAGGAUUUGCUGCGACAAAGACCAGUACUGCAAGUCCCCCGGUCACUGCGCCCCCGCCUACCCAGGCGAGACAACAACGACCGCAACGGAGAUCAUCACCUCUCAAUCCCAACGCACAACGACCACCCAGGCCGCCCCCACCUCCAGCGCCUCCCCCGGCGUCCGCCAAACCACCUCCUCCGGCAUCCUCAUCACCCAAACUUCGAGCCCCACCACCACAGUCGCCUACAUCACCCCCGUCGCCACCGGCGCCAACGUCACCAUCUCCGAAUUCCACUCCUCCCCCCACCUCUCCGGCGGCGCCAUCGCAGGCAUCGUCAUCGGCGUCCUCGUCGGCAUCUUCCUGCUCGCCCUGCUCUGCUUCUGCUGCUGCCUCCGCGGCAUCUGGGACGGCCUGCUCGCCAUCUUCGGCUUCGGGAAGAAGAAGCGCGUCACCGAGGUGGACGAGUAUACGCGUCGCACGCACUACUCGUCCGGCGGGCAGCAGCGGACGUGGUAUGGAGCACCGAAGAAGUCGAGAAGGGAGCGCGAGGAGCGGAUUGGUGUGGAUUUGCUGGGCGUUGGGGCCGGGUUGGCGGGUUUGUGGGCGCUUUUGGGGUUGAAGAGACGGCGGGAUGAGAAUCGGAAUCGUGAGCGGAGGGAGCAGGAGAAGUACUCCGAGUCGAACUUUUCGUCGAACUACUAUACCAGUGCGAGUAGCGAAAGCUCGGGUCAGCGAAGAUCAGAACGGUAUUCGCGGCAUUCUGGGCGACAGUCGGGAUCGAGGAGGCCGUGAAAUGAAUAGAUGAGUGUGUCUUUGGCUUGAUAUGAAUGAUGUUGCAUUGCGUUGGGAUGGUUCGAUGGAGUAACAGAGCGCGCAUCGCGUACAAAGUGUACAGCAAGAGAAGAGACAAAGAGCGUGUUAUACCCCCUUCGUGCGUGCAUUGGACAUUACAUAGAAGCAGUGACUUAGCAUUGUAUCCAAUGUGUUGAGACAA